AUGCUGAUAUUUGUUUCGACUUUAUCAUUGGCAGUUGAACACAUCAAUGCCGACGGAUUCUUUAUAUACAAUUUCUAUUCAACAGUCACUUUUGGUGAAGAAGACCACCAUAAGGCGUACAAAUUUGCAGCUGUAAAAGCACGGGUUUGCGUCCUCAAAGCCAAUAAAGACGACGAGUAUCGAUAUGAAAAAAUCGGUGUUUUAGAUAUGAAACAAGUUGGAGGAACAGUCGAGAUCAAGGGCACACUACAAGGUUUAUCGCCUGGUUUGCAUGGAUUCCAUGUUCAUGAAAAAGGUGAUAUUGGAAAUGGAUGUGUGGCAGCAGGUGGACAUUUUAAUCCAUCAAAUAAAACUCACGGCGCACCCGAUGACAUCGAGAGACAUGUUGGCGACCUAGGAAAUAUUGAAGCAAAUGAGGCUGGUGUUGCAAAUGUAUCAAUCGAAGACUCAGUGAUCUCGUUACGCGGUCCUUAUUCAGUAAUAGGUCGUGCGAUUGUGGUGCAUGAGAAAGCGGAUGAUUUGGGUCGUGGUAAUACGCCGGCAAGUAAAACGACUGGUGACGCUGGUGCUCGAGUCGCUUGCGGAAUUAUUGGUACUGACUGA